GCCAAAUUUGAACAGCGGCAUCACCGCUCGUAGUUAGUUUAAUGAGAGUCUUCAAUAAGCUCACACCACGACGCCGUUCCUAUGUACCAGUCGUUACUUUUACGGUUGUAUUUAAUAUAAAUAUUAAAGUUAUUACAAAUAAAUUAUACAGUCCAUAUCGAACCCUUCAUUUUGGUCCAGACGAACCGGAUUUGAGGUAGAAAUUACAUUUAUUGUGGCAAAUUUGGUGCCUGUUGUCGCGGCCAUUUUUGCAACGCCUUCACGAGGCUAUUUUUGGAGCCUACUACUGCUAGUUCCCAGGCCGGAAUUUGCAAGUUUGUUAAUGGUUUGAUUGCUAAAGUGGUAAUCAGGAAAACAUGUAAGUCCGUUGACAUUUAUUACUUUGGUCAGUCUAUUUGGGUUAUUUUAUUGUUUAGUUCUGGUAGGUUUGUUUAGUGAAAUACGUACAAUUACAUUUUAUUUAUAUCUCAAUAGUUAAAAUGUCAAAUUUAAACAAACUUAGAUUAAAAAGAGGUGGUAUUAAAGGUCAGUUGACAAGACUUAAACACCAUUUUGAUGCCCUUGACCUAAAUAAUAUUUCUGAAUUGGAGGUUACUCAACUUCAUAGUCGCCUAGACAGAGCCGAACCUCUCUUGAGCCAGUUUGAAGACAUUCAAAAUGACAUUGAGGUAGAGUUGAGUGCCGCUGAUCAGGAAAAUGUAAAUAUUGAUGAAAUUAUUGAAAAGGAAUCUUCAGAGAGACUUAGUUUUGAGGAGGAGUUUUACUCUAUUAUUAGUAAAAUUAAGAUUGUUGUUAAUAAAUUUAAGUCAUGCAAUAUGUCACAUACUAGUAGUUCAGGUAAAAGUGCAAAGGCGACUUCCAGCAUUGUUGCAAGGUCUAUUCACGAUAUACCUGAUGUACCGGUGACAGUGCAGAGCACUGCAAAUACUCAAACUUUCUCUCAAUUGGAGCCAUCAGCUCAACCUCAAACUUUCUCUCAGUUGGAGCCAUCAGCUCAACCUCAAACUUUCUCUCAGUUGGAGCCAUCAGCUCAAACUCAAACAUUUUCUCAUACUCCUAUGUUUGUUAAGCUGCCUGAUCUAAAGCUUCCUAUGUUCAACGGAGCCUAUGAAAAAUGGCUGGAGUUUAGAGACUCUUUUGUUGCAAUGAUUCAUAAUAAUUAUAAUCUAAGCGAUGUACAGCGUUUUUAUUAUUUAAAAUCAUAUUUAGAAGUCGAGCCUCUGCAGGCUAUUGCUAAUUUAUCGGUAACAAAUGACAACUACUCUGUUGCCUGGUCUCUUUUGGUUGACAGGUAUGAGAAUAAACGAUUAAUUAUCUUUAAUUACAUAAAGGCUUUGUUUGAGUACCCUGCAUUAACUAAAGAAUCGCAUAAUGAUUUGAGAAAGUUAUAUGACUUGUUUAACAAGAAUUUGCGCUCGCUUAAAAGUUUGGGACAAAAUACAGACAAUUGGGACACUUUGAUUGUCUAUUUACUUACUAGUAAAUUCGAUUCAACUUCACGGAGAGAAUGGGAGUCUUAUCAAAUUUCAGGUGAAUUGCCCCAGUUUAAAGAUGUAAAUACAUUUUUAAAGGCAAGAUGUGAAAUUUUGGAAAAAUUGGAAUCUGUUAAACAGCCAAGGACGUUGCCGCGUACCGAAAAUAAAGUUCGUUGUCACCAUUCUACCACGAACUCCCAAAAGCAAGCCAAAUUUGUUUGUUAUUUCUGUAAGAAAAAUCAUUCCGUCUAUCGGUGUUUUGCCUUGAAAAAAUUGGAUGUUAAAGCUAGAAGUUCAGCAGUAAAUAAAUUGAAUCUAUGUGUUAAUUGCCUUAAUCCCUCUCAUACCAUAGAAAAUUGCUGUAGUAAUUCAACUUGUCGCCAAUGUGGACUCAAGCACAAUACACUUCUUCAUUCAUCGAGUAGCCAUACUCCGGACGAUCAACAGCAUAAUAGGCGUGAUGCCCCAGACGCAGGUGAAGCAGUCGCGGAGCCGAUGACGACACUUGUUGGUCAUACGAGUGGACAGGGGACGACGUUGUCAGUUUUAUCGACGGCGAAAAUAAGAGUUUGUGAUUCUAACGGAGCGAUGUAUGUUGUGCGUGCAUUAUUAGAUGCUGGAUCUCAGAGUAAUUUUAUUACGGAUAGUUUGGUAAAUAAAUUGGGUUUAGAGAGGCAUAAGAUUAAUUUUGAUGUUAUGGGUGUCGGUGAGGCUCUGACGACCACCGUCAACUCCAGGAUAAAUUUAAAUAUUUCUUCAAUUAAUGGACUUUUUAGCGAUUUUAUUUCUUGUCUUGUUAUUUCCAAAAUAACUCAAUUUUUACCCACGACGUCAUUUGAUGUUUCGCAGUGGAAUUUGCCUGCUGAUUUGGAAUUAGCCGAUGAUUCCUUUAACAUACCAGGGCCAGUUGAUAUCUUAUUAGGAGUAGACAUCUUCUACCGUAUUUUAUUAAAUGAACAAAUAAACUCACCUGGUUUGCCGGUUGUACAAAAAACGAAAUUAGGAUGGAUCUUUGGCGGUCAUUUUAAUAAGAAUUUUAACAAAGUUGGUUUUUCAGAAAACACUGUUAUUUCUUGUUUUUCUAGAGAUAUUUCAAAUGAGGUUAUUGAUAUGCAGUUGACAAAAUUUUGGGAGUUAGAACAUUGUCCAGAGACAUUAAAUCAGCUAUACUCGGAUUCUGAACAGUUUUGUGAGGAUCAUUUUAUGCAAAAUUAUAGUCGUGAUCAUAAAGGUCAUUUUAUCGUCAAGUUUCCUUUUAGGGAUAAUGUUAGCAAAUUAGGAAUGUCUAAGGAAAUGGCUGCUAAGCGUUUAACAUUUUUGGUGCAGCGUUUAAACAAAAAUAAGUCUUUAGAAAGAGAGUAUAUUAAUUUUCUGAAUGAAUACCGGGACUUAGGGCAUAUGGUUAAAGUCAAAAACUUCUCUAUCAGCGACGUCGAUCCCAGGUUAUGCUAUUAUUUACCGCAUCAUGCAGUUCUUAAAGAAUCAAGUUUGACGACAAAGCUUAGGGUAGUUUUUGAUGCGUCAGCCAAGACAGAUACUGGAUUAUCUUUAAACGACAUUCAGUAUGUGGGCCCAACUAUUCAAAGAGAUCUCUUGUCUAUACUCUUACAGUUUAGAAUUUACCCGUUUGUCAUUAAUGCAGAUAUAUCCAAGAUGUAUCGUCAGAUACUUAUUCAUCCCGAUGAACGACGAUUUCAAAGAAUUUUAUGGAAGGAUCCGCAGUCCUCGGAUGCUUCUAUUGAAUGUUACGAGCUACAGACUGUUACUUACGGUUGCGCCUCGUCGCCAUUUUUGGCAGUCAGAUGUCUAAAGCAGUUGGCAUUAGAUUUUAAACAUGAAUUUCCGCAGGCUUGUGAAAUUAUUUUAAACUGCUUUUAUUUUGAUGAUCUUUUGGCCGGAACCUUUUCAAGUGCUGAACUAUUGCAGCUUCAACGAGAUAUAUCAUUUAUUUUGGAGUCUGGAGGUUUUAAAUUAAGAAAAUGGCUUUCUAAUAGGCCUGAAUUGCUGCCUAAGUUUCAUGUAGAUAAUGAAAUAUCUUCGGGUAUUUUGCAAAUUGGCCAAACUGAACAAAAUAAAACUUUGGGUAUCAUUUGGAAUGCUUAUAGUGAUGCUAUUCAUUAUUCGAUAAAAUCAUUUUCUGGUAGGGGCAUUCUGACCAAAAGGGUAAUUUUGUCAGUAACAAGCCAAAUAUUUGACCCUUUGGGACUGCUAGGGCCAAUAGUUGUCGUUGCAAAACUUAUUUUGCAAUCUUUAUGGCAAAGCCAGCUCUCUUGGGAUGAGCCAGUACCGGCAGUUCUUACUGAAAAAUGGAUACAUUUUUGUGAAGACCUUCAAACUCUAAAUGAGUUAAAAAUUCCAAGGUUUGUUUUAUGCAAUGGUUUCCUAAAGGUUUGUUUAUAUGGAUUUGCAGACGCCUCCGAAAGGGCCUAUGGAGGCUGCGUUUAUAUAGUAAGCUCUACAGAGGAUGGGGUUGUGUCUUCUAAUCUAUUGUUAUCAAAGUCUCGCAUUGCCCCAAUUAAGACUAUAAGUUUACCUCGCCUUGAGCUGUGUGCUGCGUUGCUUACUGCAAAGUUGGUGGAUAAGGUAAAGGAAUCCAUCAAGUUAAACAUUGAUAAAUGUUAUUAUUUAACUGACUCCACUAUUGCUCUUUGUUGGAUAAAGGGCUGCCCAAGUCGUUGGAAAACAUUCGUGGCAAACAGAGUCACUAAAAUUCAAGCCUUAACCAGUUCGAUUGAUUGGUUUCAUGUAAGGUCAGAGGCAAAUCCUGCCGACUGUCUAUCCAGAGGCAUUUCAGCCCAACAACUUUUAAAUUUUGAGCUAUGGUGGAAGGGACCCGUGUCUUAUUUUUUAUGCUCAGAUAAUUUGCAAGAGUUCCCAGUUGUACCACAAGAAAUACCGGAGGAAAAAGUUGUUUCCCAUUCGUCUAUUGUCUUCGAGGCACCUGAUUUUAAUUUAGAUAAAUUUUCACAAUUAAUUAAAUUACAAAGGGUGUUUGCAUAUGUCUUAAGAUUUAUUAAAAAUUUGAAAGAUAAAGGGAAAUUCUGUGGGCCUCUGUCUUGUAGUGAGCUUAAUUUCUCGUUACAGAAUUUGUUAAAAAUUGCUCAAAAACAAUCGUUUCCCAGUGAAUAUCAUUCCUUUUUAAGUCAGAAGAAAAUAAAAAUGUCUAGUAAACUCUUGAGCCUUAAUCCAUAUAUUGACAGUGAUGGUUUAAUAAGAGUAGGUGGUAGGAUUCAAAAGGCGAAGGUUUCUGAGGAACAAAGGCAUCCUGUAAUUUUACAUAAUAAACAUUUUUUAACUACUUUGAUUAUGCGUCAUACCCAUGAACGCCUUUUGCACUGCGGUCCACAGCAGUUGUUAUAUACUGUAAGACAACAAUAUUGGCCAAUUUCUGGUCGUGGCCUAGCUAGGUCUGUUGUUAGACGGUGCGUUAUUUGUUUUAAGGCUAAACCAGUAACUGCUGAUUAUAUUAUGGGAAAUUUACCCGAAUGUAGAGUAUCAGCGUACCAACCAGUGUUUACAUAUACUGGUAUUGACUACGCAGGCCCAAUUGAAAUUCGGGACAGAAAAACUAGAAAUCCCAAACUUUUAAAGGCGUACAUAUGUAUUUUUAUUUGUAUGAGUACAAAAUGUAUUCAUCUAGAGUGCGUGACAGAUCUCACAAGUCAAUCGUUUAUUUUGGUCUUGCGGCGAUUUGUUGCGAGAAGAGGUAAACCUUUGCACCUUUAUUCUGAUAAUGGCACUAAUUUUGUCGGGGCCAAUUCAAUUUUACGUCAAUUUUUUGAGUCCAAUUCUGAUAGGAUUGAUUCUGCUUUGUCUAGUGAAGGUAUUAACUGGCACUUUAUACCUCCCAGGGCUCCUAAUUUUGGCGGGUUAUGGGAAUCGGGCAUUAAAUGUGUUAAGUAUCAUUUAAAACGCGUAAUUGGUGAAGCUAAACUUACCUACGAAGAGCUUAGCACGAUUUUAACGCAAAUAGAGGGAGUGUUAAACUCCAGACCUUUAUCGCCAUUGUCAACGGACCCUGAGGAUGUGACACCUCUGACCCCAGCUCAUUUUCUGCUGGGAAGACCGAUGACAGCCCUUCCCGAUGAUGACUACAAGCAAGUGCCUGAAAAUCGUCUUGCCAAGUUUCAGCGACUUCAAUCAAUCGUGCAACACUUUUGGGAGCGUUGGAACAAAGAAUAUAUUUCGGAGUUGCAAAGCCGGGUCAAGUGGAAGAAAAAUCAUCCUUCUUUGUUGAAGCUUGGAUCGAUUGUGCUGAUUAAGGAGGACAAUUUGCCGAUUUCAGCAUGGAAGCUAGGUCGAGUCACAGAAUUACACUACGGUGAAGACAAGGUCGUACGAGUCGCCACAGUUAUGUGCAAGGACAGGACCUGUUGUAAACGGGCUGUUACAAAACUUUGUGUGCUGCCUAUCAGUGAAAAUAAUUUAAUAGAAUAGAAUUAAUUUUAAAAUAUGUUCUGUUAAUGCCUGAUUGGUAUUGUAUUUUAUUUAAGUUAGUUUAAUAUUUUUUCUUAAGGCUAAGGCACUUGUAACAAUUUAAAUUUAUUUAGUUUGCUUGUUUUUUAUAUUACUAAUGUUGAAAUUGAUAUUUCAAGGCGGGCGGCAUGUUAGGGCCAAAUUUGAACAGCGGCAUCACCGCUCGUAGUUAGUUUAAUGAGAGUCUUCAAUAAGCUCACACCACGACGCCGUUCCUAUGUACCAGUCGUUACUUUUACGGUUGUAUUUAAUAUAAAUAUUAAAGUUAUUACAAAUAAAUUAUACAGUCCAUAUCGAACCCUUCAAAAUUAUUAUUUAUUGUUAGGUAUAGAUAAGAAGUUUUGGGAUUAUGCUCACUAGUUCCGAUAUUUAUUUAUUUUUAAGGUGUGCCUUUGCCUUUCAUAAAAGUUAUUCUAUGAAAUAUAUUUCUUUUAUCACAUUCCCAUCAGUACAAAGUAAAUAUAUAAAGAAAUAUUUAGUUUUUAUUA